AUGUCAGCAACACCUAUUGGAAUGGAUAUGGACGUAUGGAUUGCGGAGCUCAUCUCCAAAGUGUCGGGAUUUAUCGACGAGAAAGGCAAUUUUUCCUCCUUUAUGUAUAAGUUGCGCUUGCGUCUAAUAGAGUUGGUGGAAAAAGAGGAGUGUAUCUGGGAUCGAAGGAAUGGAGAUUUUAAAAUGCGAAUCCCAAGAGAUAACGCAUGGAGAAGAAUUACAAGUAUAAUGAGGGAAGAAGGACAUAAUGUGACCAAAACAAAAGGGUUUAUGAGAGAGGAAGUAGCCGACAUUGACGUGGUCGAUACGAGUAUGAGGGAAGACGUAAAUAAAGAAGACAAGUACGAAUAUGUUGGAAAGUUGGUCACUUCUAAGCUCCGUGAUUACGACAAAAAUGUGAAUGAGGAGUUCGCAAAGAAUAAAAUGAAAGCCAUAUUCUCUAUUAUAAUGUCAAGGAAUUGGUCGUACGGUCCACAAGACCACUGCCGUUCCAGAGAUGCUCCUCAAGAAUGCGUUCCUUCGCCAUGCAGGGCAGGAAAUCUUUUGCCACAUAAGGAGAAGGAAGUAAAUGGUAAAGAUCACUUUACAGAAAUUGUCAUUGAGCGUCACAACGUGGAAGUGAUUUUGGUCAAGUGCAAUGGACAAGCGAGACCUUCAUUGACAACAGUCUCGAAUAUUGACGAGGAGCUCGGCAGUCACUCUAGCAGCAGUUUCAGCGAGUACGAAAGCUCUCAUUCAACUAGGCCCCAGCGAAAGAAAAGGAGAUAUGAUGACGAUUCAGAAACCUUGGAGCUAAUAAGAAGAACAACAGCUCGUGUGAAUGAAACUGCUGCUGGCUUAUACGCCGCAAGGGCGACGGCUCGAAAAGAGGAUGAGUAUGACCAGUUCGGAAAAUGGCUGGCUUGUGCCCUCCGUGAGUGUCCUGAAGACCUGAAGAUAAACAAAAUGGAGGCAAUCAAUGCUGUUUUAUUUGACAAGGAACCGAUGUUCGUCGAUGCUGUAGUAAAUAAUCUCCAUUCCAGCCUCAAAGAUGAGAGCUCACGGUGGGAUUUGAGUACAUAUGCCAGUAAAUAUAUCUGCAACAGCAAUCGUUAA